CAUAAAUAUAGAGCAAAACAUCAAACGUAACAACCAAUUUGACGUUUAUUGUUUAUGUGUAAAAUAAAAUUAAUUUAAAAAAAUUUAAAAACAUAUGUUAAGGGGUUGAUUUUUUAUCACAAAAAUGACUUCAGUGGAAGAAUUACAGGCAAAAAUAAAGGAUUUAGAAGAAAAACUAUUAAUAGCCACACAAAAAAAUGUAGCAAGGCAAAAAAUAAAAGAAAUGUCUUCGGAAGUGGUAGAUUCAAAUCCAUACAGUCGAUUAAUGGCCCUUAAACGAAUGGGUAUAGUAAAUAAUUAUGAAAAAAUAAGGGAUUAUACUGUAGCUGUGGUUGGAGUGGGUGGUGUAGGAAGUGUUACAGCAGAAAUGCUUACAAGAUGUGGCAUCGGAAGGCUUAUUUUAUUCGAUUAUGAUAAAGUAGAAUUGGCAAAUAUGAACAGAUUAUUUUUUCAACCCCAUCAAUCUGGAUUAAGCAAAGUAGAAGCAGCAGCAGAGACAUUAAGAAAUAUAAAUCCAGAUGUUGAUAUCCACACAUACAACUAUAACAUUACCACUGUAGAAAAUUUUGAUAAUUUUACAGAAGUUUUGAGAAAGAGUAGUUUAUCUGAUGGUCCUGUAGAUAUAGUAUUAAGUUGCGUAGACAAUUUUGAAGCAAGAUUUGCCAUUAAUACAGCUUGUAAUGAAUUUAAUUUAACUUGGUUCGAAUCUGGAGUAUCUGAGAAUGCUGUGUCUGGGCAUAUUCAGUUCAUAGUUCCUGGAGACACUGCUUGUUUUGCAUGUGCACCUCCAUUGAUAGUAGCUUCCAAUAUAGACGAAAAAACUCUUAAAAGAGAUGGUGUUUGUGCAGCUAGUCUUCCCACAACAAUGGGUAUUGUAGCUGGAUUUCUAGUACAAAAUACUUUAAAGUAUUUACUCCAAUUUGGUCAAGUUACUAACUAUUUAGGAUACAGUGCAUUAACGGAUUUCUUUCCUACAAUGACACUAAAGCCCAAUCCAAACUGUGAGGACUCAUAUUGCAGAUUGAGGCAGAAAGAAUUUGCUUUAAAACCCAAACCAGAGAUAGCUGUUGAAGCAAAGGAAGAAAAACCUGUUCAUGAAGAUAAUGAAUGGGGCAUCAGUCUUGUUGAUGAAAGCAAGGAUGUGAAAGAUCAAGUAACAGUUGCUGAAGGUGUACAGUUAGCUUAUACCUUACCUAAUCAAGCUGCUGUUGAAGAAUGUGAAGAAGCAACUGCUGAUACUGAUGUCAGCUUAGAUGAACUUAUGGCUCAAAUGAAAGCUAUAUAAAAAAACUUGUUAAAGCCUAACCAUUUUGUUAAUUCUUUGGAAAUUUUAUAUAUGUACCCAUUAAAUCAUUUAUAAUUAAUUUGUCCAAUUUUAUGACUAUAAUUUAUUAUAAAAAAAUAUAUGAAUAUGACGCUCUACUAUCGCUCUUUGCAAUAAAUUUUUAUUUUAUAUAGAUA